AUGGCGGACACUGCCUCGAAGCACCGAGCUGAGUUUGCCUUUGCUCAGCUCGAGAACGAGAGAUCUCUGACAUCUCUUCGUGACGAGCUAAGAGUAGCUCGUGGGAUUGUUGAUCGGUCUCGGGCUGAGAUAACUGCUCUUCAGACCCUUGUUGAUGCCCACCAUCGGGAGCACAAGGCUCUCUGCGAGAUGCUUGAGCGCAAGGGCGUUCUUCAUCGGAAGAAGCAGCGUACUGAUGGUACGGCUUAA